AGCCUAUCUGAGAAAACUUUUUGGAAAAGACAGGCUAUGGACCUAACCCACUCUGGUGCAACCCACACAGAGGCUGCGGUGACAGAAUGCGGAACAUGUGUAGCCUACUUUAAAAGAAGACGAACUUAUGUGACAAAUGCCAAAAAAUAAAAUUCUCAAUUCAAUACAACCAUUUUCCACCAACAUGAAUAUGAUUCACAGCAGUGUACUUUCCCUCUCAGUCUAACGAAAACACAUGUUUUAAAUAUUUGCCAACCUCUUCGGUGGCAGUGUCCUUGUCCUUCCAGCAGAGGGCAUUAUUGGACCAACUCUGUGAUAACUUGUCACUUACUCAAGAUCAUAAUCUGUUUUACAGUAUUUCACAAUUGCUAAAACACUAAACCCCAUUCUCUGGAUCCAAUGCUCAAUGGCAUAAUUUGUCGAAGAAAGAGGUUCUCAUUGUUGAUAUGAUUCGUCAAAACAAUGCCAUCCGACUGCGUGAAAUACAGCAAAGAGUUGUAGAAGACAAUGUAAACUUUGAACGAAUCAACAGUCAGCCGUUCUACCAUUGCCCGUUGUUACGGACCUGCCGGCUCCUCCUCCUCGUUUUGUCUAUUUGCGUCUCCCCUACAGGUGAGCGGAGCACAGGUGUGACGGGUUGCCUAUGAUUCCUUCCAGGAACACCUGGGAUGGCUUGAUGUAUCCUGAGUGGUUUAAAAGCGCUGGAGACCUGGUGGAAGGAGGGCUGCCGCUUCUCCUUCUCUCCCGCACCGUUUUGCUGAUUUUGUUUCCUUUUACAUGACUUUUCAUAUACCCUGAUUCCAUACGCUUUCAGUUCUCUUGACUAACACUUAUACUGACUUUAUUAACUUUACGUUGCUCAUUCCUUAUCAUUAAUAAACUGUAUUUUCUUUCAAUCAACUCUUCCGCGUGGUCUUCCCUCUCUGUUGCAUGGCCAGGCACAGGCAGUAUGCAACAGAAUUGGGGGCUCGUCCGGGAUCGAUCCAAAACGACGUCGGAGAAAUGACCUCUCAAAGAGCAAAGGUGGUGCUCUCACUGGGUGCUGAAACAGUUUGCUCACUCAAAGAAGGAGUCAACUUCAAGAAAAACCCACAGGACGGGAAAUGUUACAUCAUAUUCAAGUCCGACAAUGGCUUCAAAGCGUGCAAGAACCAAUGCAAACACCAGGGAGGGAUGUUCAUCAAAGACAUCGAAGACCUGGGUGGCACGACUGUAAAGUGCACUAAGCACAACUGGAAGUUAAAUGUGUCCACAAUGAAAUAUGUGAAUCCACCAGACAGCUUUUUGCAAGAUGAGCUUGAGGUAGAGCUUUCUGAAGAUGGGGCCCUUCAGUUGAUUGAGUUGAGCCCCGUUGACCCCUGGCUGACUGACCCUCGAGACCCUCUGCAGCUCCAGGAUGGAGAGGUGAAAGUGACGUACCUGACCCACGCCUGCAUGGAGCUGAAGCUGGGACAGAGGCGGUUCAUGUUCGACCCGUGGCUGAAGGGUCCUGCAUUUGCCAGAGGCUGGUGGCUUCUCCAUGAGCCUCCAGCAGACUCCCUGGACAGACUGUGUGCAGCUGACCUCAUUUACAUCAGCCAUAUGCACUCCGACCACCUCAGUUACCCAACGCUGAAAGUCUUGUCAGAGCGGAGACCUGAUAUCCCAAUUUAUGUUGGUGACACAUCCAGACCGGUCUUUUGGUAUAUGGAGCAAAGCCAAGUCAAGCUGACAAACAUCCAUGUUGUUCCUUUUGGUGUCUGGAAUAAUAUUGACGAAGACCUGAGGUUUAUGAUCCUCAUGGAUGGAGUGCACCCUGAAAUGGACACUUGUAUCAUUGUUGAAUACAAAGGUCACAUGAUCCUGAACACUGUGGACUGCACGAGGCCAAACGGGGGAAGGUUACCACAAAAUGUGGACUUGAUGAUGAGCGACUUUGCUGGGGGGGCAUCUGGAUUCCCCAUGACUUUCUGUGGCGGGAAAUACAGUGACUCCUGGAAGGCAGAGUUCAUCAAGAACGAAAGGAAGAAGUUGCUGAAUUACAAAGCUCUGCUGGUGAAGUCCCUGCAGCCGGCAAUUUACUGCCCGUUCGCUGGUUUCUUUGUGGAGGCCCAUCCAUCAGACAGAUACAUCAGGGAAACAAAUGUUAAGAACAAUCCCGAGGACCUCAAUGCUCUCAUCAAUAAGUCUGCACCAGGCAUCAGGACAUGGACGCCCAAGCCAGGCGCUGUGCUGGACCUUGGCCUGGCUCUGAGAGACCCCACUAACAGUGGGGCCAUCAUCAAUCCCUCAGACAGUACCAAAAUCUACAAGGACAGUUGGGAUUUGGAUCUGUAUGUGGAUGAACUGAACAGAGCAAUCAGCAGUGAGAUAUUUAAACAUCAAAGCUGGACCCGGUUUUAUUACACCUGGGCAGGCUUCCAAAACUACAACCUUGUUGUGAGGAUGAUUGAGACAGAUGACGGCUUUGAGCCCCAUGCUGAUGGCAGUGACUACCUGGUGGACUUCUUGGAUCUGACGUUCCCCACAAAGAGACCUGCGCGGGAGCAUGCCUACAUAGAGAUUAAAAACAGGAUUGGUGUGAUGAGACACGUGGUACAGCAGGGUCUUCUCUGGGAUGAUCUGUACAUCGGCUUCCAGAACCGCAUUCACAGAGACCCGGAUGUCUACCACCACAAGUUCUGGAACCACUUCCAGACGCAGCUCCCAGUUCACAGGCCAGACUGGGACCAGUUCCUGCAGGAGAUUUCCCUCCAGCAGCCUGACACAGCAGCUGGGAGCCAAGGAGCUAAUUGUGUAAUGUCUUGAAAGACAGAAGUGUGUUCUGGGGAUUAUUUGUCUUCUAUUACUGGCCUGAAAUUUUUUUAAUGGGUUUGUCUAAUUUAAUCUAGAACUGGACAUAAUUUGUGUGCUACUCUGUAAUCAAUUAUCCAUGUAAGUAAGAAGAAGUCUAAUGUUUCUUUUGAUUGAUUAUAUCUUGUCAAGCAUUUGUAAACAUCUAGUAGGGAUCCUAUACUGUUUAAUCAGAAUCAGAAGCCAUUUAUUGCCACAUAUAUUACACAUAGAGGAAUUUGACUAUAAUAAAUGAGACCUGAGGUGUUUUAUGGCUAAUUACAUUCUCAGGAAAUGAAGGAUUUUUAUUUUUAAAUUGGGGAUUGGAGUGUGAUUUUUCUGAAAUGAUUUUGUUGGGGGAGAAUUUGGUGAACGGCAUAUGGUGAGAUUCUCAGGAUUGUGGAGUGACCUUUUUUGGGAAACCUGUGACAUGUCCGAGUUUACAAUAGCCUCCUGUCUAAACAGAGGGGCCAACGGAUGCCUUGACUGAUCUAUAUCCAGUUAUGUUACCUGUUUUGUGUUGGUGAUUGACUUGGCGCCAGUAACGGCAUAGAACACAUGUCCCCCCUCUCCCUUGUGCCAGAUCUUCCUGCUCCUCCGAGGCAGAAGGAACAAUGUUUCCCCUUUCAGCUGAAUUGUAGUCAUUUGACUUCUGUCUGUACUUACGGCUUGUGUUAAUUUCUGUAUUCUUUUUCAUUUUUCUAUAUUCCAGUUAGUAAUAAAUACUUAAUCAUAAAGCGAGUUCAAGAUACUUUUGAUUUCUCACAAGGCUUCAAUCCACAAAUUUCCACCAGAUUUGAGUUCAUAAUUCUCCUAGUCUAGUUUUAUUGAAAGGGGAUAUAGGUUAUAUGUUUUUUGUAUAAUGUAUAAUCAAUCAUUUAUGUAUUCAGUAGCUUCAGUAAUAAAUUUAAUGAUUAAUCACUUACUUUUUGUCUUAAUUGCUUAUAUUCUCAAAUGUA